AUGCCCGGAAAAGCGAGUGAUUGGGACAACGCCGACUUCCUCCUGGAUCUCGUUGUUGGCCUCUACACUGGCGCUCAGGUCAGCGGGGGGUUGACUCCUCCGGUCAAGUCGUCUAUUGAGGAGUAUAUCAAGGGGCGCGGAUAUACCACUUCAUUUGACGCUGGCUCAGUGAGUACAAAUAUCCUCGCGGGGGAGAUCAUCCUCUGUUGCUUCGUCUUCUCGUCUCCUCAACUUCUCAACAACACUGAGCAAGCUGCGUUCUUCUUCCUCUUCUUCUUCUUCUUCUUCUUCUUCUUCUUCUUCUUCUUCUUCUUCUUCUUCUUCUUCUUCUUCUUCUUCUUCUUCUUCUUCUUCUUCUUCUUCUUCUUCUUCUUCUUCUUCUUCUUCUUCUUCAUCAACAUCUUCAAAAGUCCCCUUCUCUAUCCUUUCCCUAUUGUCGUCACCAUGGCCAAACGUCAAGUCAUGCAGUGGGAUGCCAACGUCCACGAAGACAUCCUCAUCAGUCUCUUUCAACACAUCAAGCCAAGUGCUGAAGACUGGAGCAACGUCAUGGGUGAUCUUCAGCAAAAGGGCUACACCUUCACCGAGGGCGCUCUUCGGUACGAUUUCUGGCUCUGGCUUCUUUUUGCUGUUGCUGUUGUAUAUUGGUCACUGUUGUUUUCCCAUCCCCCACUUUCAUUCAUCUCAACUUCCCCUCUCUUCUAA